GAAAGGAAGGAUGAGAACAAACGACGAGUGAUCAUCAGCUAAAGAAGCUAAAAGAAGGCCUUCUCCUCCUCCUCCUCCUUCUCCUUCUCCUCCUCCUUCUCCUCAUCCGACUUGCUCGCGAGGCCGUCGGAAGCACCGUGGACCUACUGAGUGACUGAGUGAGUGUGUGAGUGAGUGAGUGAUAUUGGUCUGCGUCUUCAUGCCUAGCUGCUUUUGGUGCUACUGCUUUUACUUGUGCUUCUGCUUCUUUUGAAUUCAAGUGCUCUGAACGGUGAGGUUCAUGGCGAAGUGGAAAAUUUCACAGAACAAUUGGUCAGAGACAAAAUGCGACCUGCCUCUUGAACAUAACACGGUGCAUGGUUUAUUCCAAGCCUAAACCAUGACCGAGGCCGCUGAAGGCCGGAGAAUGUCGUCAGGCCAGGAAACUCAACCAGGAACGGCCACGGUUCUAUCCGGAACCAACGACCCUCAGGCGAGUGGCGGGAUUGGAACAAACCACCACGGUGGCCAAUCUCCAAUAACGGCAACGAUAUCUCGUACCGGUGGGACAUCAGUGGCGACAACCGCCACGAGUGCAAUAACGAGAGGACCUGUGAUCGCCAAUGCCAAUAGUAGAUCGGUCUCCAUUGCGAGUGUCAGCUCGGAUGGUAGCAACGGCAGUUACAAAGUGGAUACCCUCAAUGCAGAUGUGAAGCACUUCAAAGAUGCCUUGGGUCGCUUGCGCCGAGUAUUCAGUCCGGACGUGGAUAUUCAUGAGACCAAAAGGGUGGCGUGUCAGGAAUAUCUGGGUGAAGUGCUUCGAAUCCUAAGAGCCAUGUUGGAAAAGUACCCCGUGCUUCAAUCCAAUGACCUAAUCCAGUCUGCAGGCUAUCUCAUUUCUCAAGUCAAGGAUUAUAACGCCCAAGAUGACGACUCAAUGGACGAACAAGUGUUCCAUAGAGCCUUGGAUUCUCUGGCUUACGCAUUUAGUAAUCGGGUGUCGGACUUUUUGACCCGCGACCUUGACUCUGCCUCCUCGUCCUCCAGUCGGGAUAAGUCUGCAUUGGGACUCGCGACCACCUGCCUGUUUCACGGAGAUGGUCUUGAUAAUUUCACCGAACUCAAGGAAGAAGUACUCAGCCCCGAGCAGAUUGAUGCAAUUCUUGUGAGACACGAUCAGGGCGUGGAUCAUGCCUUGCAAUGUGCGAAGAAAUGGGAAAAGUAUGCCAAGGAUGUCAUGGCAUACGUGGAGAAGAGAACCAAGUUGGAUUUGGACAGGGCGCGAGGACUGACUGCACUUGCUCAAAAUAUUCGGCCCAUUCUGAAAGAGGAAUCAUAUUUGCCGUUCCAAUCCAUCUACUGUACGGCUGUUGAUCAGGACCUCGAGAUGUGUGCCUCAACCCUUGACAUCUGUAGCCGUCUUCAAGGCAAUCGCUUUCUCGAGCCUUUGGCCAAUCGUCGUAGUGAGCACAAAAAGACCCGAAACAUGCUAAAGGAUCGAUGGACCCGAGAAUUGAAGCUGAUGCAUGACACCACUUCGAAUCUUCAAAAAGCCCAAUCUCUAUUUGUCGAAAAGAAGAAAGAGUAUGAACGAUGUCGUGAUGCAGUGCGGAUUGCUGAGCAGGGAGCUGAAAUAGGGGCCACAGGGGAGAAUAAGGUUGAUAAACGCAAAAAAUUGGCCGACGAGGCGUUGCAAAAGGUGGUGGAGAGUGAAAAUUAUUGCAAGCAGUGCGUCAUGGAAGCCAAUGACCGUCACAGACAGUUAGUGAUUGUCAAGAAAGAGAUCCUGGCACAGACCCGAGAGCUCAUACUUAAAUGUGAUCAGACUAUGAAGACGGCCACCGUGUCGUACUUUCAAUUGCAACAUACGCUUACAAGUCCAGUUCCGGUCCAGUUCCAAACGCUUUGUGAAAGAAGUCGUCUGUACGAGCCUGGCUCCCAAUUCAUGGAAUAUGUGCAAAGCAGUCUGCGUGAUCUUCCAACAUCGCCUAGACUGAUUGCCACCGGCAUGGAGCCUUUCAAUUUUGACUCGGAAGAGCACAUGCUCUAUUUCGAGCGACAGAAUCAAAACCACCCCAGAAAGAUGAGCUCCUCUCUCGACUUCGGUGACGACUUUGGCCAUGGGACGUACAAACUCCGAGGGGAUAAAGGAUCUAUUGCCAGUGGUACCGGACCCCUUAUGGCCUGGACUCCCUCGAUGGGACCUAUUGAGCCGAGUGACACUGACUCAAUGGAAUCCAGGGAGUCCGGCAAGUCCAGAGACACUUCACCUUCUUCCAGCCCAAUGGUUCCGUCUCGUCGACCGCCUCCGGGCAUGUUGGCCUCUUCUGAAGAAAUCGAAAAUGAACACGAACUUCCCAUCACCGUCACCGAUGCCCCUGCCCCCAGUGUGGGUGGGACUGGGAUUGGUGGUAGUAGUGGAGCGGGAGGUAGUGGUGGGGGCGGCGGCGGCGGCGGCGGCAGCGGCAGCGGCGGAGGGAGGAGUGGGAAUCUGGGGGCCGUACCCCGACGAUCUCUACCUCUGUCUCUGGCAGCCAAAUCUCAUCGAUUCCGAAAGUUACGCACACCCUCUCGAUGUCGCGAAUGUGACAGCUACAUUGCCAUCUUCAAGGGAGUAGAUUGUCAGGAGUGUGGUUUGUGUGCCCACAAGAAGUGUCUCGAACAUUUGCCUCUACUUUGUGGUCACAAGCGUCUGCCUCGAAAACUGCCAACCUUCGGGGUGGACCUCGGUCACCACCUUCUUGAAGUGGGUGCUCAGGUUCCGCCCAUCGUAAUCAAAUGUGUUAAUGAAAUAGACAAACGUGCCAUUCGAGUGGAGGGGAUUUAUCGCAAAUCGGGUGUCAAGCAUAAGAUUGACAAGCUAGGCCAGGCGUUUGAGAGUGCCCCUGAAUUAGUGGAACUUUCGGACAUUCAACCUCACGUCAUUGCGAAUGCCUUGAAGAAUUACAUGCGAGAAUUGCCGGAGCCUUUGCUCACGUUUUCCCUGUACAACGACUUCUUGCAAGUGGCCAAAUGUUUUCACGCGGAUGAUAAUUCGAAUUCAUUGGUAGACAAAGAGGAGUCGGCUGUUCAUGAGCUCACUGACCUGGUUCGAAAGCUCCCACGAAACCAUUAUCGCACCCUGGGAUUCUUGAUUCACCAUCUCAACCGGGUGGCAAUGGAGUGUGAAGUGAAUAAUAUGCCAGCCAGUAACUUGGGUAUUGUUUUUGGACCGACCUUGAUGCGGAGUGCCGAUGGUGCUUCUAGUCUUUCACCCCACUUGGACAAUGAUCAUCAAAACGCGAUCAUCAAGCAACAGUCCCGGGCCAUUGAGCUUCUCACCCUCCAUGCUAGUGCCAUUUUUGGGCCACCGGAAUCAGUAUUGCCCAAAGAUUUUGCUAAAUACACCAAGAGUGCUCCAGAUUUGGUCAAGCGGGCUUCUAUCAAUGUUCCGCCGUCGGCUUCGGAUAUCGUAUCCAGCCAAACGGAGCGACGAUCCAUUGAUACCCGAGAUGACUUCACUCUUCCCGGUCACAUUAGCGAAAGAGAGUCAAAUGAAGACUACAUCACCGACGAAGAUGAUGAUGCCGAGGCCAUUCCAGCAUGUUGGCUGCCUGACGAAUCUGCAAAAACCAAAAAAUCCCCCCUACUCAUACGGGGCACCUCCUCACCUCCUAAGAUCAUAAAGGCUUCCCUCAAGAGUUUUUCAGGCCUCGAGGGAGUCACCCCCGAGAGAUUGAGUACUCAAGAUAGCAUGGAAACUUCUCAAAGGCUCGCCAAACAGAUCUCUGAGGCCGGAGGGGUGCUCGUAGGAGGGAGUCGCAAGUCGAUCUCGCAUGACCACAAACAUCACCAGUCCUUUUUUGCCAAAAUGGGCAAAGCUGCUCAAAAACACUCGUUGGAUGAAGACUAUCUAGUUCCCCUCCCACCUCAGAGUACCUCUCAUUCCCACCCGGCAUUGUCGGAACGGGUCUCCACCGGGGACACGAAAAUGAACCUCCACGACGUUGCUUCGGAACCACAAUCCGCACCUGCUGAUGUCCUUGAUGGACCAGCCACCUCAGUCAUUACCUCCAGCACCUCUCCCGGGUCUGGUCGCUCAAGCCUAACCAUCCAUAACAUUGGUAACCGCUCUAGUUCACUCUCAGAGGAGCAUCAUGCCAUCUCCUCUGCCAUCUCGGUGGCGGAGCAACGCCGCAAGUUUCUGGCUGGAUCCAUAUCAUCGGACAGUACAAGUGCAGGAAGAGUUCUUCCCACUGCAAUCUCUUCCUCAUUAACCACCACAUCGUCAAUGUCGUCCUCGCUACCCACUUCAAUGAUCACAAACCUGGAAGAAAAUCGAGUCAAGAUCCAAGUGCCCGGAGGGAUCACGUCCAGCUUCUCAGCCGGUCCCUUGGGCGGGACCAAGCACCAUGGUCCCCUCACAAGGCAAACCUCAACUGAUAAGUCGCGCCUGAGCUAACUGGCGAGGCCACACAUAUCAUGUGAUCAAUUCUGAUGCGAAUGGACUGAGACUGAUGGUUAAAGAAAUCGUAACUCGCUGAAUGCAGCUGGUCAACUUCGUGCCAAGCCCCUCCCCUCCCCUCUCCCCCUCAAGAAAUAUAAACGACCGAUCCAUUGACUGAUUGGGAAAAACUCGAGGCUCAUUCUUUUCCUCUCAUCCCUCGUUUCUCCAAGUUUCGCUCGCGUUUUGUGCCAAACUAUAACCCAUCGGAAAUAUGCAAGAAGCAUGGAUGGGCCCAUAUUUAUCCUUCUAGUUCUUUAUUUCUCCAUAUCUAAUUCCCACGAUUAUUAUUAUUAUUAAUAGUAGUAGUAGUAGUAUCAUCAUCAUCAAUAUUAUUAUCAUUACUCUCAUUAUCAUCACUCAUUUGGUGCUAUUAUUUAGUUUUUCAAAUUAUCAUUCCUGCGAGAGAGAUUGCUUUACUCCUUGGAAAAGUAAAAUUUUCCUCAUUGAUUAUUUCGAAGUGCAAUCACUGGUUUGUCAUCGGAUUGCUCCUGAACUAUUGGAUCAGCAGCCUUCGUUCAUAUUCCAUCAUCCCAAAUGAAUUGCAAAUGACUUGGACAAAUUAUUAUGGCAUGAAACGAUCGCCAACAAUUUCUAUCCUCGUCCUUUGUCUCAAGAAAACAAAAAAUAGCUUUCAACUUGGGACCUCCAAAAUGGUUGAAAGUAAUCCGCAAUAUCCGGUUUUCAAGGCACCCCCCNGCCCCCCGUUAUCUUUAAUUUUUUUCCUGUCUUGAACAUGGCCUAGUUCCAUCUGCUGUCAUUUUUCAUUCUCAAGUUUGUCUUCGCCUAUAAGCCACUUUUCAUUCUUUUGAUUUCUGAUAGGGACCGUCCUUUCUACCUAUCACUGUUAUUAGAACUUGUUCAAUGCAACUCGAUUUUCUGAGCCUCAUUUAUCAGUUCGAUUGUCAUCGUUCAACGAAUCUAACUCAAAUAUCGUUCUCUCUGACGUUUGGGCCCAUUGGAAUCAGUAUCAAUGCUGAGAUCUUAACCCGUGCCCAAUCGAUACACACUUCACACGCCG